AACGCCUAGCUAACUUGACCUGGGUGUUUCAAGCAGUGAUUUUCGCCUUCUCUCGUGCUGAGACCAGAAAUAAGCAGAACAAAUUUCCUUUUAACUUCUCAACGGUAAAGCAAGCGAUCAUGGGCAAGACUAAGAUUACGGUAUACAUUUCCAGGCAGUCAGCUAAUAAUCAGAUGAAAAAGCAGCAAAAUUGGAUUGAUAUGGUCCUGAAAUCUGUAACAGAUAUUGAGGUUGAGGUGGUAGAUAUUUCUGUUGACCCAGAACUAAAAGACAAGAUGCGGGCACUUAUGAAUGACGAGACAGCAUUGCCGCCACAAAUAUUCAAUGGAGAGCAAUACUGUGGGGGCUAUGAUGAAUUGUUUAACGCUAAUGAGGAUGGAACUUUGGAGGAAUUUCUGAAGCUGUAGUAGUCCAUAUUUAGUUUUCAUCUAUGCUUUUAAUUAAGCUUUGUCUGGUCUCAGUAAAAUAACACUCUCCAUUGGAGGAUGAUAAAAUGUGUCUACACACUAAUUAUUUCCAUUCAAGGACACUUUAAACGUAUAUACUCAAUGAAGCUACCCACAAUUCAGAUUACACUUCUCUUUCAGCAUAUUAACUCAGUUCCCUGAAUUUCAAUGUCAAGUUAUGGAAACCUCAUCAUGUUUUAUACAGCCAUGUUUUCUAUGCAUCAUUGAAAAUCAAUUAGAUUUCUAACAUAGCCUACAAUCAGUUAGUGCAGAGCCUAGUUUUCUGGGGGUUAGCUUAGAUAGUUUAUCUAUGGCAUCCCCAGUGGCUUGAUUCUUGUGCCUAAAUACAAAUUUCUUUUUUCUUAUUUUUUUUUUUUUUUCAUUUUUGUACUAAGAAAAUAUAGGGGUUUUUGAAUAAAGAACACAAAAAAUG